GGGGACGCCAUCAUCACGGCCGUGGGGCUCCACGAGGGGCUGUGGAUGAGCUGCGCGGCCCAGAGCACCGGGCAGGUCCAGUGCCGCCUCCACGACUCGCUCCUCUCCCUCGACGUUCACAUCCAGACCUCCCGGGCUCUCAUGGUGAUUUCUCUCCUCCUGGGCUUCUUCGGCAUCAUUGUGAGCGUGGUGGGCAUGAAAUGCACCAAAGUUGGCGAAGAGGAUCCCGUCACCAAGAGCCGCAUCGCUGUUGCCGGUGGCAUCCUCUUCAUCCUCUCUGGUCUGUGCACGUUGGCGGCCGUGUCCUUGUACGCAGCGCAGGUGACCUACGAGUUCUUCAGAGAGAGCACCGUCCCCAUCAACGCCAGGUACGAAUUCGGCUCGGCUCUCUUCAUCGGCUGGGGGGCCGCCAGCCUCACCGUGCUGGGGGGCUCCCUCCUGUGCUGCUCCUGCCCCGCCAAGGAGCGGCGAGGACAGCAGUACUACCGGCAGUCGCAGCCUUCGACGGCUCGGGAGUACGUCUGA